AUGGUAGAGCAACCCGCAAACGUGGAUGCCGCCGUGAAUACCCCAGUUGUGGUUGAUUCAAACGAUGAUGGAACAGUCGCCCAGGAACUGGAAUUAGAGCAUAUGAGGAGUACAUUGGAAGAGGCGAUUGUGGAAACGCGCAGUACGCCUCUCGAAAAUCGACCGCGACUUCCCCGCAUAGCCCUAAGCAAGCGGAAUCGGGCUGUCGUGAGGGCUCUGAACCCAAUGCUGGUGACCUAUUUGGAAGCCAGCCGGGACCUUUGCGAGACGGACUCAAUUCUUUUUGGCGCCGCGCUGGCAGUCUGCCGUAUCAUAGGCGCCAAGGUUUCCACGGCUGGACGCGCUACUGGCCAUAGUAGCGCUAUCCCAGCAUGA